AUGCGUAAAGAAGAAGCUAGGAAUGAUGAUUCAAAAAGUUUUGAUCAACAGCAUUUCAAUCAUAUUUAUUUUGCUGCGAAAAAGAAUUAUGAAAAUAUUAUCAAGCUAUUAUUAGAAGAAGCAACUAGUGAUCUAAUAUUACAUCAUAUUGCCGAAGAGGAAGAUAUUAAAGUUGUUAUAAUUUUAUUAGAAAAUGGAGCGAAUUUUAAUAGCAUCACUGAUAUGAAUAGUAGAACUCCACUACAUUGGGCAGCAUUUGAAGGUUGUGAAGAUGAUAUAAAAUAUUUAAUUAGAAAAAACAAAAAUUUAAUUAAAGCUAAUGACAAUAAUAAUGAGGCUGCAAUAUAUGAAUCAGUAUGGAAUGGUCAUAUAGAAAUUACAAAGUUUCUGCUUGAACAGGAUCCAGAUAUUAUUUAUUCUAAAAAUAAAUACGGUUAUACAUUCUUACAAAUAGCUGCAAUUUCUUGUCAAGUUGAAAUUUUUAAUUAUUUAAAAAGUAAAGGAAAUUUUCAAUUUGAACUAGAUAACUUUUUUGAUAAUUUGGAUUGGCAUAAAUUGAAUAAUUAUACCAAAUUCAUGCAUAGUUAUAGCACUAUUAAAGGAUUAAUCAACAAGUUAUACAAUCUUGAGGAGCAAUUUGUUAAACUAGAUAAUAGUGAUUUUAUUUCUUUUUAUCAGUUUCUUCUAAAGUGUAUUGAAAAAUGUGCAGAAAAUCUAGGUAUAAAAGAAGAAUAUAAAAAGAUUCUUAACUAUCUAUAUACGUGUACUUUUGGUAAAAUUUGCAAUUUGAAAUUGGAAUUAAAAUUUAGUUUAGUAAUUGAUAUAGAUGAGUAUUUCAAAAUGAUUCAGAAUGGUAUUAAAUUAUUAAAGAAAGUAAAUAAGCAAGUAGAAAUUGAUAAAUUUAGCAAACAAUAUGAAGAUACAAUUAAGAAGAAAAUUAAAGAAGCUUAUAACAUCGCUAAAAAUCAGGUUAAAUAUGAAAUAGAUAAAACUGUUAAUGAAAUAAAUGAAAAAAUAAUUUCUUUAAUUAAUGAAACAAGAAACUUGAUAGGAGGUGCUGAAGAAACUAAACAAACUUUAGAAGAAAAGCAGAGAGAAAUAGAUUAUAAAUUAGCGCUAAAGCAAAUAUUAGGAAUUUUAAAAAUUGUAGGCCAAACAGUAAGCAUUGCUGGCGGUCCAAUUGGAAUAGCUGGCUAUAUAAUAAAUGGAGGAGUUAAUAUAACUGAAUCAUUUGUUUCAAAAUAUGAUAAUUUUAAAUCAAAAUUUGAAAUUCCUUUAGAAAUAAGAGAUUCUUUAGAUAAAAUGGAAACUAUGAUUAAAUACAAAGAGAUUAAGGUUGAAGGAGAAGAAAUUGUGAAAAUUGCAAAACAACAAAUAGAAAUAUUAUCUUUAGAAUGUGAUAAACAUACAAUUCUAUCUGAUAUAAAAGGACAUUUGAUUAAAAUUCAAAAAGCAUUAGGCAAUAUUUCUACAAAUAUAGUAAAUGAAAUAAAAGAUGAAUUAGAAACAAUACAAAAUAAUGUAGAAUUAAAAGAAGCAAAAAUCGAAAUAGAUGUAGUGCAGACCAUUUUUAUUGCGAUCAGAGAUACUGGAAUGGCAGUUGAGUUGUAUAACAAUGAUGCCAUUGUUCCUAUGAUUAAAAGAAUGAAAGAUGAUAUUAAUAAUAUAGAAAAGAAGAUAAAUAACAAAUCUCAUGCUUACCUUGAUAUGACUAAGUGGCAGGUGCAAAGCUCAUUAAAAGAUGUAAAAUAUACAGUUCAGCAAAUCUCUAAAGGUUUUUCAGCACAAGAUAUAACCCGUUAUAUGGAAAAACUAGAUGAAGCGAUGACUACUAUUAUUAAUAUAUACGAUCGCAUACGGGAAUAUUAUGAUCAAGUAAAUCUUGCUAACUAUACUGCACGUAUUAAUUCGCCAAUGACUAUUGAAUUAGAGGAUGAAGAAUUGAAGGUUGAUAUUUAUAAACUAGAACAAAAAAUUCGAUCCAGUAUCAUAAAAGGUUAUCUUAAAAGAGCUAGAAGUGCGUUUAAGCAAUGGGCAUUUCCAUUUGCAAAUGAAUAUUCCAAUGUAUUAAAUUCACAGUUUGAUAAAGAAGAAGACAUUGAUAGCAUUAUGCAACAAAUAGAAAGCUUACACAUAAAAGUUCAAGAACGUAAUGUAUAUGUUAUUAAAGAUAUAGAUAACUUUUUGAAGUAUAGUGAAUUUAAUAGUAAAAAUAGAUCAACACAGCCAUUUUUUGUGUGGGAAAAUAACAAACAUAGUCAAGAAAUGUCAGAAUUGCUAGUUGGAAAAGAAGUAACUAUUAAAGCAGAUAUAACAGAAAUUAAUUCUCAUAAAAGUGCUGUUAAGUUUAAUGAAAUAGGUAUUAGAUUUAAAUCGAAAGAUAAAACAAUUCAAGAUAAAAUUGAUGAUGAGCUUGAAAAUUUUGAUGUUAAGAUGAUUCAUUCCGGUGAUUCAUAUUAUAGAUAUAACGAUAAGUUUUAUGUAAUAAGAAGUAAUGAACAAUCUAUUGAAUAUAGCUUUGAAAAAAAUAAUGAAGGAAAGCCAGUUAGAAGCAAUCGUGUGUAUGAAAGAAUUAGGAAUGAAGAGCUAAUGCUUAGCCCUUAUACUACGUGGAAAAUAAAGCUUAAAUAUGAAUCUAAAGAUGCUAACUUUGAUAAACUAAAGAUGUAUGAAGAAAAGGUAUGCUUAGAGUUAAUAGGGCGUGGGAUAUAUGUGGAUGGUGAAGAUAGUAAUGAUUUGAUGGUAGGGAAUUACUACAAAGAAUAUGAAUAUAACCCUAUUUGA